AUGUCUGCAACUGCACGAAACAACACUCUCGACCUUCCAAUGGUAUCGACAGAUAUAGUGAUUUCAGGCAGCACUCUAAAUCAAAGUAUUGACGUUCCUUCUGCUGGAACAGCUCCUGAAGAGGUGAGUAUCACUGGGGUUGCGACCAUUACUUCUGACAUCACCGCCAUUCAUGAUGUCUCUCCACCAGAUUCGGCUGUCGGUUUGGCUCUCCCAUCACCCACGCUGCUCGGUGGACCCACCAGCUCUUCUGAAAUGGAUAUCGAAGCAGUGGCUCCUGUGUCAAGUUCGAUCCUGGCUGAUUCUCAUGUCGAAUGUGUAUCAGCCGAACCACCUCGGGGCACCGCAUGGUUCAUUGGUACAGAGUAUCCUUAUGUACCAGGACCUCUCAGUGCAAUAAGCAAUGCAGCAAGUCAACGCUGGUAUGCUGUUACCCAUGGCAUUAGAGUUGGUGUAUUCCUUGAUGCUGCUUCUGCUACGGAUGUUACCAGUGGUGUCAAGAAUGCGUCUAUGGUCAUGCGAAAAUUUCAGCAUCAAGCUCUUCAAGUAUUCAAUAACGCAUUGGCCAGCGGAAAAGUUAGAAUCCUGCCUGGAAAAGCUCAGCUCCACGCAGGACCCCCUUUCAUCAUUGUCACGAGUGAUAGCGAAGAAGACGUGGAAUAA